UUUAACCUAUCCUGAAUCCUCUGCUUUGCUGUUGGCUCACAAUGCAAGCUGAAAAGCAGCAAUCUUGGAAGAUCUACAUCCACGCCAAGGCCAAGAACUUCCAUUUCAAACUCAAAGUCAGAGCAACAAAUAUCGUACCCACUUGGGAGUUCCAUCGGUGCUCCGUUGUGCUAAAGCUGGGAAAAUGCCUCCUCAAAUUGAAAUCCAACUGCGAAACAGCACUCAUUCCCAGUAAAAAACAACCCAAAACCUUGAAAUCCAAGUUCCUAGCACUUCUCAAGAAGUUCCGCUUUCGACGGUCCAAGAACCGAACCAUUGGUUUCAAGCAGAAGUCAGAUCUCUCAAACCCAGAAGACAAUAGAAUGGGAUGGUUUGCUUACAAGGAACCAAUCUGUUUGGGUUCCUUGUUUGCUGGGAUUCUUGCAUUUCUAGCUCAAUCUAUUAGCAACAAAGAUCAGAGGGCAAUUGUCAUUCAUGGCUCUGUUAUCUCUUUAUACCUUGGUUUAUUGUUCAAGAAAUAUAUGACAGGAAGAAUCAGCAAUUUCUUGGUACUUCUAGUGGCUUGUUCACUAGUACUUGAAUUGGACACUUAUUUAAGAUUUGAUUAUAUUCAGAUGGCAUGGGACUAUCUUGUUUCCUCCGGAUUGCCAGGUAUUUUCAAGCUCUUAUCAAUCUUAUGGGGUCCGGUAAGACAAAGUAACUGAACAAAUCUGUUUUUUUUUUUUAUCCCAGAUUUGAAGGUGAGUUAAAACUGUCACAUCAGCAUUAUAGAAAAGUUACGUAAUAAGAACGUAAUUUUUAACAUUAUUCUUUAUUAUAGGACUCUAACUAACGUAACACGUUCAACACGUUUUAGAUUUAAGAAUGAAUCUCAUUUUUAUUGGGUACUCUUGACUCCAUGGGGUACAAGUAUUUCUUUUGAAGGUGGAGUCUUGCAAGCUACCAAUGGUGACAUGGUAGUGUUGUGGAAGGUAAAAAGAAUUGGGGACCUUUAUUUGUUAAGAGGAAAAUGUUUUCCCUUAGAGUUUUGUUUUGGAGGAAACAUGUUGAGGAGAUUGUAUAUCAACAGGUUUGAUGGAAUUCAAACUAAGGUGCAGAUUUGUUACAUGUAUGCAGCUUGAAUUUCAACCAUGUUUAUGGUUGCAAUUAAUGCGCCUAUUUGAAUUUGGCCUUUGUUUUACCACCUCAUUUUGCCGCCCAAGCUCUUCUUUCUUCCAAUUUAUUUGGUUCUCUGUUAGUAGGAGACUUUUGUGGAUUGCCUGUUUUCUUGGCCACAAGUGAUUGU